GCAUAAAAAAAAAGACUUAAAAGACAGUAACAUAUCCAUGAACAGCUGAUUUCAAUUUCAAAGGUUCUCCCUCCUCCUUUGAAGAGUGGUUCCCAAAUCACAACGGACACAUGCCUAAAAUCUUGGAAAAUGCAUAAACUAAAUUCAACUACAGUUUCAGCUUCUGCUAAACCCAAAACCAAAUUUGUUUAUUGAAGAAAGAAACCAAAGAAAGAGAAAGUUAAACAGCAUCCCAUUCAUUUGCAUUGGUUUUGAGGUUUUUCUUUUUUAUUAUUUGGAUCUUCUUCUUUGGCCCCAUCUCCUCCCCCCUCGAUACCCUCUCAAUCCUUCUCACAGGCAUUUUCACAAACACGCGGACUUCGAGACGCACAGCAAGACAAAUCCUAUCUUAGACUUUUUCUCCUUGUUAAUGAAUUUCCAUCGGAUUGAGCUCUCUCUCUCUCUCUUUCCAUCUCUCAAUCUAAUGUCAAUUCCAUAUAUAUCAAAGACGCAUAGAGUUUCAAGUUUCACCUACCAAAUUCCUAAUUACUCCAGGGCUUAAACAUAAACAAUGCAGAAGAAUCACAUACCAGAGCAGAACGAGAAGAAACGGAAGUUCCUAAUCAACGACAAUCUCGACAUUCUGAUCGAAAUCCUCAAGCGGCUAGACGGACCAUCCCUCGGCGUUGCGACCUGUGUCUGCCGGCUCUGGUGCACCAUCGCUCGAAGUGAAUCGGUGUGGGAACAAGUGUGCUUCCGUCAUGUAAAAUCGCCGCUUCCGUCGUCAGUGAAAACGGUGGUAGCGGCCUUGGGAGGGUACAAGAGGCUGUACAUGGUUAGCAUUCGACCGGUGCUGAGUCGACUCGGGUACUCGGACCUGGUGAGGCGAGUUUGGACUCAGGAUGAGGUUCAACUUUCACUUUCUCUGUUUUGUGUGGAUUAUUACGAGAGACUCACUGGGAGUGGAAGAAUCGGCGGCGAUGCGUCCGCAUUGUCCCUCAUGUUCCUGUGCAACACCGUGAACGUCUGAUUCAUCUCGAUGCCUUUUUGUGAUACUUUCUCCGCCGUCCGAUCUGCAGACCAAAUCUAUAUAAGAGAACCAAGCUCCAUCUGGUGAUUUUAGUCAAAAGGAUUAAGAUUAGCCUUAGCCUGGUACGAAUAUGAAAUAUGAAAUAUGAUUAUUUUUCUAAUUAUACACCCAUUUUCUUAAAUAAAAAACAUAGAACUAUUUUUUUUCUACAUCUUGAUUAUUGCUGUUUGUUUCAUCUUGUCUUUUUUAUUUUUUUAUUCAUUAUUUCUUGUAACAACCAAUUUAUAUAUGUAAUCUUC